UGAGCCGUUUGAUAAACGUUGUACAAAAUACCCACCGACGCACAUUUUGCACACAGUUGUUAUCGGAAAAAGCUCACUCAUAAAUUAGCAUAUGUUUUACGCGCGCCGCGUACAAAUAGACCAGGUUGCACGCGUCGUCGUCUUUCAAGAAGCCAUGUUCCUCGCGUUGGUCCUCAUAACGUUUGCCGUAGUUCGCUGCGAUUCUUCCUUUUACGAGUCCUACUUCAACGAACCAGUUGCACCGAAUUCCCAAACCAGAAACGCCCUCCGCUUGGCCGCCUACAAAUGGCCCAACGGAAUCGUUCCGUUCACGUUCGAUCCGGGCUGUGACCAACGCUACCGUACGGCCGUCCUGAACGCCAUCAGCGUGCUCGAGCAGGCCGCCAGCUGCGUUCACUUUAUCCCCAAAACCGACGACCAAACGGAGCACAUUCGAUUCGUGCGUUCGAAUUCCGGCUGUGGCUCUUCGAUAGGAUAUCGCGCUGGGCAGCGGGAACCGUUGGACGUUCUGCUGGACGAUUUCUGUCUGGGGUUGGCCGGAGCCGUUCAGCACGAACUGCUGCACGUGCUAGGACUGUUUCACGAGCACACGCGACCCGACCGUGACGAGUACGUUGAAGUGCUGUGGGACAACAUCGAGCCGGAGUUUCGACGGAACUUUGCACGGGGUACGGAGGACUACAUGGAGACGUUUGGGCUGCCGUACGAUUACGGCAGUGUGAUGCACUAUCCGACGUUUGCGUUUGCGCGACCGGGAACGAGCGUGACGAUGGUUUCGAGGCAGAAUCGGAGUGCUGAGUUGGGACAAACGGAGGGAGCUAGUGAGUUGGACUUGGAGAAGGUGCGGCGGAUGUACGAUUGUCCGCGGAGGAAGUGAUAUCUUGGUUGAGACAAAGAGCAAACAUGGUUGUUUUACAAUACUUUUAGAAGGAAUGUUGUAGUAACAAUAAAUUAUAUAUUGAGUAAUGAUUAAAUAUGAAAAUAUAGAACAUGAGAAAAAAAAAUAUCGAUUCACUUUUUAAAAAGUCCAUAAACUAAUACGCAUCGCAAGUGAAAAUUCUAGUACGGUUCUACGCGUCAACCGGAAAUGGCAUUCCUACAGUCUUGAUUUCAUCUUUUCCAGCAGCAGCUGGAGACAGUGCUUUUGAGACUUGAGCUGUGUUACCUCGGCCAGGUGUUCCGUGUAGGACAGGAUGUUUUGCUGAAACAAAAA